AGAUUCGACUCAAGCGGAUAUUGAACCUCUCAAGAGCUCGACCCUAAAUCAUUUGCUGGCAUUUCGCAAUCCCUCUCUCUUCUCUUCUAAUGGCGUCCGCUGCCUCCUCCUCCUCCGCAGCAGCAAAAUCGAUUUUGCAGUCGUUGAAACGCUUCUUUAAAAAACCAUGGGAGAUUACUGGCCCAUGCGCCGAUCCGGAGUACAGAAACGCAGUACCGGGUGCUCUCGAGUACCGUCGCUUCUGCCCGGCAACACCUCCGGCGAAGGCCAUAGUUCCCACAUCUGAUCCGCAAACUGUUUACGACAUCAAAUACUACACGCGUGAUCGCCGCCGUGACCGCCCUCCCGUUCGUCGUACCGUCCUCAAGAAGGCCGAUGUUGAGAGGAUGAUGGCCGAGAAGAAAUUUGAUGUCACGACCGAUUUUCCUCCAGUUUAUCUCACGGAGAUCGUUGAGGAGGAUUAUAACGCCCGGGGUGGCGGAUACCAGCAAUAGGUUCUGAAGAAGCACAGUUUCCUGCAACUUCUAGAAUUUCUGCUUGUGCUGGCUGAAUCAUGUGAGCAGCACCCAUGAUUUGUUAGUAUUCUACACCUUCACCUUUCUGAUGAACAAAUAAAGUUUGUAUCAUA